AUGGCGGACGGCUACCACAACAACCCCGUUGUCCCCAAAGUGGGUCAGCGCUUCGGUCCCUAUCAGGUCGGCGACACCAUCGGCCGUGGCACCUUCGCCAAGGUGAAGAUUGGCUACCACGAAACGACAAAGGUCCGCGUAGCGCUCAAGAUUAUAUCACGCAAGCUGAUGGACGGCGACGCGCGCUCGGCGCUGAAGAUCAAGCGCGAGAUCAAGAUCAUGCGGGUGCUGCGCCACCCGCACAUCACUCGGCUCUACGAUGUUGUCAAGACGAAACACGACAUUGUGCUGGUCAUGGAGUACGUGUCUGGCGGUGAGCUGUUUGACUACGUUACUCUCAAGGGUCGACUGGAGGAGCCGACUGCGCGCGCCCUAUUUCAGCAGCUUACCGCCGCUGUCGCCUACUGCCAUCGCUACCGGGUCACACAUCGCGACAUCAAGCCAGAGAACAUCAUGAUGGAGCGCGGCUGCCACAGCGUGAAGCUGAGCGACUUCGGGCUAUCCUCCAUCACUCAUGACGGGCGCUUCUUCGAGACGAGCUGUGGCACACCCAACUACGCGUCCCCGGAGGUGGUAAGUGGGCGGCUCUACGGCGGCCCGGAGGCGGAUGUGUGGAGCUGUGGCGUCGUGCUCUAUGCCAUGCUCUGCGGCACUCUGCCCUUCGACGACAGCAACAUUGCUCUCCUUUUCAAGAAGAUCCAGACGGCAGACUACGCCAUCCCUAGCCACGUCUCCGCGCAGGCACAAGACCUGCUGCAUCGCGUGCUGGUCGUGAACCCCCUGGAGCGGGCCACCAUGGAGCAGGUGAUGCAGCACCCGUGGCUGCGGCCCGACUUUCCCCGGUACCUGCUCUCGUUGCACUACGCCGCUAUCGUGGAGACGACGCGCUUCGCGAGCACCUACUAUCUCACGGAGGACAUGUUGGAUGAGGAGGUGGUGCGCGUCGUCGCCUCCCGCUUCCGUGUCUCCCCGCAGGAGGUGGCGUCGAUCAUUAUGUCGGAGGAGGAGCGCAUCCCGUCGAUGAGGGCCGUCAUUAGCGAUGAGGACAACCCGAACUCCAUGGCGCGUCGCUACCCCGCCGCGAACUACUUUGAGAUGUACUCGAACGUGCUAGACUCAAAGCUGUGGCCCACGCCGGUAGAGAUCGCCGCGGCCGAGGUGGCUCUUCGCGACCAGACGCAUGACAUCUACGUUUCCUAUGUCAUUCUAACGCAGAAGAAGCAGAACAAGCUGACUCCGCAAGAGCACGCCGCAAACCCGUCGUUUGGAGAGAGUGCCAACUCCCUCCUUCAGUCGCAGGCCCACCAGGGCUAUGGCUCCCUCAACGCAAACUCGCUGCAGCAGCUCACGGGCAACAGCAGUUUCACCGGCCUCAGCUUCAAGGAGACGAGCUCGAGAUCGCACGCGCAGGCCAGCUCGUCGCCCGCAUCGAAGAAGUCGAACCACCAUAGCGGUAAGACGCUUCAGCAUCUAUCGCCGCCGUUGCAGCACAUCAUGAGCUCGACCGUGCCGGUGGCCCCUCCUGGCGACCCGUGGCAGUCGGGGUACAACGUCGUCACGGCGCCGUUUCUCCCACUCCACGCGAAAGGCGCCACCAGCACCGUACUGGGACAGAUCCUACGCGUGCAGGAGCUCCCGGUGCAGCUGCUCAUGUCUCGCAGAAUCACGGUGAAGCCCGUCAAGAGAGAGGCAUCAAGCACGAUGUUUUUGUCGCCGGGGCUUCAGAAAUCAACACCCAGUUUUGACUGCAUCAGCGACACCGGCGCUGCACCGACCUCGAUGUCAACGGCUCUGCAAGGCAAUCUGCUGCAGCCGCAGCGAUCCCCAACGACGAGGACGUGCUCGGCGGCACCAACUCUGCUACAUCUGCAUUCGAAGGUUGAGGUGGGUCUUAGCAGCUCCUGCUCGCCGAUCCCGACCGGCAGGCCAAUGAGGAGCAACGGCGCCGACGUGCGGCACAACCUGGCCACCGCGGGCGGCGAGACAGCGCUGGACACGUUGUAUCAUGCAGAGACAGUGACACGCUUCGGCAACGACUUUAUCCGCAAUGGCGUAGCGUUUGUGAACUCCACCAGUCACGAGACACUGCAGGAGGUGUACGAGGCCAUGAAGGAGGAGGGGCUGCUCUGGAAGGUCAUCUACGACUACUACUUCUCCGUCGUGCGCUACCCGAACAUCAAGCUGCAGGUGAAGGUGUACAAGACCAAGUCGGAUGAGCAAUUGGUGGACGUCAAGGUGUCCGCGCAAAGCGGGAUGGCCGCGUACGACGUGGCGCUGUCGUUGUUAGAGCGGCUGCGCACCCGUGCCGUUAACAAGCGCAACACGCAGAUUCGUGAACGAAAUGCAAGCGCCCUCAAGACCCUCACGCCGGACACCACUUGA